AUGAAGCCGCUUGUCUCAAAACACACUGUGAUGAUAUGGUUUGUUAGUGUAUGUGUUUGUUUCGCGUACGACUCGAGUGUAAAUCAAAACGAAACGCCGGAUAUACGCAAUAGAUCCAUCCCGACCGCCACCGUACCGCAUAGCAGGCCUAUUCUUGACAAAAGCUAUUCUCACAUUGACAGCAACACCGAAGCGAGGAUACAGCCAUCGGCGUCUUUCAGCCACCAAAUAAGCAGUGAUCUUACUGACACGAGCUUUUCUCUUGAAGCGAAGAUUCCGCUUAAAGAUAUACUCCCAGAGUCGUCACUGGACAGUGUCACGAACAUUUUUAAAUCGGGUACAAAUAAAGUUGAAAGUGAGUUGUCUGAAGCGAUGACCGAGCAUGAUGAAGAAGUUUGGGCAGAUUUGCGUGAUGGAAGAGAAAUUGCGUGGCACGACCAUGUCGUCCGAGAAAAGUACAUUUCGCAUUGCUUAAAGCUCGGUGUUUCUCCUCCGCAAUUAUUUCAUUUGAUCAAAAUUUAUCUCCCGCAUUUUCCGUGUGGCGUGCAAAGCAUCGAUCCGAAGAUUAUUGGCUGGUUCGAGUUUAUUAUUCACUAA